AUGGAGGUGGUGCCAAGCUAUCAUGGGUAUAUAGAGACGAACGCAGACGCCCUGCUGCUUGCUCAGGCCGUGUUGGAUGGGAAGUUGAAUCCGGUUUCUAGGCGGCCGUACGAGAUCGAGCGGCCGCAGCUGAUAGUUUCAGGCAAUGUUUUUGUUUUCAUCGAGGAGAAGUCGGGGAUCAAGCGAUGGACGGACGGAGUGUCGUGGUCUCCCUCGAGGAUCAUGGGUAAGUUUCUGGUGUACAGGGAACUGGACAAGCAGAACAGCGGUAGCAUCGGUGGCAAUGGAAAUACCCCGCAGCAUGGUUAUGGUGGGAUUGUUGCUGGUCGAGGCGGCGGCCGUGAGGAUUCGAUGGAUGUGUCCGACGAGCAGGGCGCCGGCGGCGGUGCCGCCGGCAGCAGUAUGGUUUCCAAGGCGUUGGUUGGUUCUCUGAAUAACUCGUAUGCUUUUAAGCCCGGGGGGUUGGUGAAGAAAACUAUGUCGUUGAAGUUGAAGCGCGCUUCGCGUGUGGAGACCGUGCAUAUUAUCUCGUACUAUACGGCCGAUGACGUUGAGGCGGGUAAGUUGGUUAAGCCUUCCAACUCGCCGUUCUUCAGCCAGGUGCGGUCGUGCCGGGAGUUGAUUUCGGCGCUGGACAGUUCAUCGGUUGGCAACUCGCGGAGUGCCAGUGGGCAGGGGGCUGGAACCGGCGGCGGCAGCAGCAACGCCGCCGCGGCGGUUCCUGGCGGAUACCUGGCAGCAGCUGGUCCCGCGAUGGCGCUGAGCCAGCCUGCAUAUCAGAGUCUGGCUCAGCUUCCCAGUGCGCACCAUCGGCACCACCACCGGCAGCAGCAACCGGCGCCGCAACCACAACCGCAGUAUUACGGUUCCAGCUACUAUUCCGCUUUGCAGCAAAACAGCCCCAAGGCCGCGCCGUUGCACCAUAAUUACAGCUAUUACACCCAGCCGAACCACAACAUGCAUCUAUACCAACAGCAGCAACCCCAGCGACAGCAGUCGCAACAGCAUCACGAUCAAUCGCAUCAGGAGCAGGAGCAACAACACCAGGAGGAUGAGCAGCAGCAACAGAGGAGGGCCGCCUCAAGCUCAACCAGCACAACCGUCGACAUGUCUCAAAUGACUGCGGCGUCUGUUGGCACAGCAGCAACUACUGCAGCCAGUGUCUCUCAGCAACAGCAGCAGCAACAACAGCAACAGCCCCACGGACAAUUUUUGCCCCACCCGGGAACUUUAUUCCCACCUGAUCAGCAAAAGCCUAGUGGCAUUCAACUACCUCUGCCCUUCCCCCACGGGGCGGCCCCCCAAGCUCAAGCAGCUGCACCUCCUAUUCAGCAACCUCAGCUCCAGCAGCAUUCCACCAUCCCUUCAGCCUCAAGCUGCACGUCAUACAUCUCGUAUCCCGCGUACAAUAUGCAGCAGUACGUCCAGUCCCCGCCAAUGUACACCGUUUCAAGAUACGGUGUAGGCGGGACGCCUCAGCUCCCUUUCAAUUCUCAGGUAGUGCCAACGUCCCCCCCAAAAAUUAACAUCAUUCCUCAACACAUGUACAACUAUGAGGCGCAACAGGAACAACAAUUUCAAACGGGCGCUCCCUUUUCCACCGCUAACAACGCAAACAUUGGUGGUGGUGGUGGUGGCAGUAAUCCAACGGGUCUCAUAGAUGAUAAACGGUAA